AUAUCCAAAGAAGAUUCUACUCGCUGUACCGAAUGUAUAAAGGACAACAAAUCCUUAUGUAACGCACGUCCAUUAUCGUCAGCUCAGCUCCGAAAAAUUGCUUUAUUUUAUACUCAGUACGAAAAUACUCUUAAAGAGGCCGAAGAGGAGCAUAAAACAGUUAAUGCAAAGAUCGAAUGUCUUCGUAAACAGAAACGUCUGUGGCUAGAGAAAAUAACUCGUGCAGUUGCGCGGGGUAUCAAUAACUUAGAGGAGUUAGAUAGGGUUAAGCGCAAGGAAGCGGAG